AUGAUCAAAAGGACUAAAGACUAUCUACACACGACUUUCAGUAUCAAAAAUCUAGGUCCCUUGAAUUAUUUUUUGGGAAUUGAAAUUGCUCGUACAAAUGUUGGAGUCAUUCUUAGUCAGCACAAAUAUUCUUUAGAUAUACUUUCUGAUUUCGGUCAACUAGGAUGUCGUCCUAGUGUGUUUCCCAUGGAGCAGAAUUUAAAGUUAGAUCAAUGUACUGAAAGUCAUAAAGUUGAUGCAGCUCUCUAUCGUCGACUUGUUGGACGGUUACUUUAUCUUCAAGCCACAAGACCCGAUCUUGCAUAUGCCGUUAACAUCCUUAGCCAAUUUGUUUCUGAUCCUAGGGAGGAUCAUAUGAAUGCAGCCAUCAGAGUACUUCGGUAUCUUAAGUCCACUCUUGGACAAGGUAUUUUUAUUCCGAAAAAUGGCGUUUUUGAUCUUACUGCUUUUUGUGACGCUGAUUGGUUGGGUUGCCCUUAUACUCGACGAUCGCGAACAGGAUACUUGUUAUCGUUAGGGGGUGCGCCUAUAUCUUGGAAAACAAAGAAGCAAUCAGUAGUUUCUCGUUCUUCGGCAGAAGCAGAAUAUCGAGCCAUGGCUAUUACGGUUAGUGAAGUUCUUUGGAUUCGAUGGUUACUCAAAGAUUUUGACAUCCACAUAACGGACCCUACACCUCUUUAUUGUGACAACCAAGCGACAAGACAUAUUGCUAAUAAUCCAGUGUAUCAUGAACGAACUAAGCACGUGGAGAUGGAUUGUUUUUUUGUCCGAGAACGAGUGGAAUCACGGGAGAUUUUGCCGAUAUGUGUGGCCAGUAAACAGCAAGUUGCCGAUUUGUUCACUAAACCUUUAGGAGCAUAG